AUGUACUCUUUUGAGAAAGGAACUGCCAGGAGUCAGGCAGGGGCGGAGCAAGAUCAUGGCAAACAGAAGUUAUUUGAGACAGCUAUGUCUCUACCUGUGCCUAUCAAUCUACCAGGUUCUCUGAAACCUGUUGACGUGGACCAUUUGAGGUCUAGACUUAUCUCAGUCCCAAGACGGCCCCGGCCGAACCCAGAUGCUCUGGUGUUCCCACACAGGACCAAAGCUCAGGAGAGACAAUGGGCAGUACAGAGAUCAGCACAAGUUGAGUUGUUGCCUAUUCUAAAGAGACGCAGUGAAUCCAAGACAACCGAUAACACCCAGAAAUUCAACCUCAGCCCUAAGAUGCCAUUUUCCUCUGACGGACUCCAGUUCAUACACUCCUCCUCCGAGAGAGGACCCUCUCCACUGCAGCUUCCCAGAAUUCCUGACCAUGCCAAAGACAGACAGGUGCAGUUGACUCAGGGCACAUUCAGUGUCCCAGCCCCUCCUAAAAGAAGAAAGAGCUCACCCAAAAGUUGCCUUGUAACAGCGCCACCUCGGACCCACACCCCCUCUCCACCCCUGUCUACACCAUUGCUGUUCAGUUCUGCAGAGGAAGUAAUUCGUGCCAAAAUUUGCACGCCACCUGACAUCGCGAAGACCAUGCGAAAUAACCCUCACUUGGGAUUCCUGUACAUGAUGUCAGCAGUGCCUAAAUCGUCCAUCAGUUAUGACCCAUAUAACCUUAAGAUUGUUACAUAUGACAAUAUCAACAAGUCAGACUACUACACAAUUAGCGCACAUGCAGUAAAGCACUGUUGUGGAUCUGAGGUGGACUGUUUGGCCUUAGACCGCUGGGAACAGGAAUACAGAUAUCACCAGCAGCUUCUGCAAAUCCCUGUGUUCACCCUCUUCCGCAAGUGGAAGGCUUUCCGUGUGUGGCGUGGCAAUGUGCGUUUCAAAAAUAUCAGAAAAUGCAGGCGUUCCCUGCAAGAGCAACUCUUUAUUCUCAAUGAGUCUCUGCGACCAGCACUGAUUGACAUAAAGGAGAUGUGCCAUCACAUUAGUGACAUGCCCCUGUGCCGUCUAGAGAAAGACCACACAUACACACUCAGGGAGUUUCAGAGUGCACAACAGAAACAACUUGAGGAGGUGUCCUCUCGUCUAGAGAAGUUCAGGGAGCUGGUGAUGGAAGUGGCCAAAAGUGCCUGUCGAAAUGCUUUGAAAGAGUCUGGACACACACCUGAUUAUGGAGAUGUGGAAACUGAUAAUGAAGCACUACCGUCAUCUAGUUUUGGAUUUUUCUUUGAAGACGCACCUGAAAAGAUGACUUACACUCAGCAAGCCAACAAGAGAUACCAUUGCAAACGCCUUACUUGUUUCAUCAGGCUGGCUGAUUAUCUGAUCGUGAACACCACACACAUGCUUGUAGUCAACUCGGUUAGUAAGCUGCUGAGUGUGUUUCAGGAGCACAUAACACACACACCUUCACACGCCCUCAUCCAGAGCUGGACAGGGACUGAGACAGGCCAAGAUCUUGACGGGAAGGUCACUGCAGAGCAUAAUGUGGAUGCUGUUCACAAGCCAAUGUUCAUAACUGAGCUAAUGCUGGACACACACUCCUUAUCAUACCAGCCAUCUAUUGAUGACUUCCAGGAGCGUGUUGCAGAAAUAACUGCUCAGUUUCAGGACACCGUUUUGUCUCUCGAUACCCUGGUGCCUGACAGCUACUUUGAUGCUUUCACUCAACCCAUUAUCAACAGAAAGGUAGAGAAGAAGACAUGUGGGGAUGGCCCUAGUCUUACAGAUAUCCUGAAGGUUGACACCUAUCUGCAAAGCGUCAUUCUCAAUAUUAAGCAAUCUAUCCAGGUUGCGUUUGAUGCUGCAAAUGUGUUUGCUUCUACAUUUGAGCCAUUCAGACUGUUUUACAAAGAGAAUGAAGAGUUGGACCUGGAGGUUCUCAAAAAACAGGAUCAUGGUGUUGCGUUUUUUGCAAGCAGUCUGGAUAAACAUCAUCGAGAGCAUAAGGAAAGUUUAGCCAUUAAACCAAAAAAACCUUUGGGAAUUCUGCUGGUGGAUACUACACAACUGAAGCAGAAACUCAUACCAUCCCCACUACGCUGCCUAGAGGUCAUUAAUGACAUCCUGCCUUGUCUGGCAAAGAAAAAGAUGGACGACAUCAUUUCAGAGGUUCAGGAUGCCCAGUUCAAACUGGAUUUAGUUCCAACAACAACCAAUGAAUAUGUCAACUCUCUCAACUUCCUGGAAGAGAUUCAGAAGAGGAUUGAGAUGAUGGAAGAGGAGACUGAGACUGUCUGUCAGAUGUACAAGUUGAUUGAGUGUUACUCUGUCCCCACCCCUCCUGAAGAUGUUGCCGUGUACGCCACAUUGCCUCCGUGUGUCAGUGCCAUAAGGAACAGCAUUGACAAGGCGGCGGCAGAGUGGGACUCUAAUGUGGAGAAAUUUUGUCAACACCUCCAGCAAGACAUCAACGAACUUAACAACAAAGUGCAAGAAGUCAAGUCACAAGCAGAGAACCAUCAGCUCCUUGACAUAAGUUCAGAUCGCUCAAAUGUACGCAGGCUGCUGGGAGAUAUUCAGAUCACCACUGAUGAGCUUCACACUCAAUCCCUCCAAUACAAAACCUACCAGAAGCACUUCAAGGUGGAGGUGACUAAAUAUGAAGCUCUGGAGGAACUGAGCGCUGAAGUGAAGUUGAAGCAGUUACUCUGGGACUCUUUGGAAGAGUGGGAUAAUUUAGAGAACAGCUGGGAGCAGAGUAAGUUUGAUGAGUUGGACCCAGAAUUGCUGAGCAGGCAGGUGAACAAGUUUGCUAAAUGUGUCAGCCAGCUGGAGAAAGGAAUUCCGCCAAAUAACGUGGUGCCCUGCCUCAAACAGAAAGUGGAGGGCAUGCGAGAAAAGUUGCCGGUAAUCACAGACUUGCGUAACCCAUGUCUGAAAGCGCGUCAUUGGGAGAUGCUGGAGGUCAUUGUGGAGGCCAAACUGUUGGAGGAACCUCUGACUCUUGCCUUCCUACAAGAACUUAACAUCUUUAACUUUGGCCCACAAAUACAGGAGGUGUCAGGACAAGCUUCAGGAGAGGCAUCUCUGGAGAACAUUCUGAAAAAGACUGAGGAAUCGUGGAACACAACAGAGUUUGUGGUGCUGCCUCAUCGGGAAUCCAAGGAUGUAUUUAUCCUAGGAGGCACUGAUGAUAUUCAGGUGCUUCUCGAUGACAGCAUAGUCAAUGUGGCCACUGUUGCAUCUUCACGUUAUGCCGGUCCCAUCAAGGCCAGAGUGGAUAAGUGGCAGAGACAGCUCUCCCUGUUCAGCCAAACCUUGGAUGAGUGGUUGGCAUGCCAGAGAAACUGGCUUUACUUGGAAAGUAUCUUCAGUGCUCCUGACAUCCAGAGACAGUUGCCUGCUGAGUCUAAGAUUUUCUUACAGGUGGACAAGUCCUGGAAAGAGAUCAUGAGGAAGGUCAACUGUCUGCCCAACGCCCUACGUGCUGCCACACAAGCAGGGCUUCUGGAGAUUUUCCAGAAGAAUAAUGCGUUACUGGAGCAGGUUCAGAAAUGCCUGGAGGCUUACUUAGAGUCCAAGAGAGUGGUCUUCCCAAGGUUCUACUUCCUGUCAAACGAUGAACUGUUGGAGAUAUUGGCUCAGACGCGGAACCCUCAGGCUGUGCAGCCUCAUCUGAGGAAGUGUUUUGAUGCUAUAUCCCAGCUGGAGUUCGGUCAGCUGCCCCCUGUUACGCCCGGAGGGGGCGAGACGGGGAAACAGUACAGUAAUGACAUUUUAGCUAUGGUGUCACCUGAGGGUGAAAAGGUAGAGCUGGGGAAAGGGCUAAAGGCUCGUGGAAAUGUAGAGGACUGGCUGGGGAAGGUGGAGGAGUCCAUGUUCUCCUCUCUCAGAAGACUUAGUAAGGCUGCGAUUGCUGACUAUCAAAGCAAACCCAGGGUGGAGUGGGUAGUGGCCUGUCAUCCCUCACAGGUGGUGUUGACCAUCUCUCAGCUGAUGUGGUGCAGGGACAUGGACAACUGCCUGGAGGGAGAUCAUGACCACCAUCAGGCGCUACAAGAAUUUGAGCUUACCAACUUUGAGAGACUCAAUGCUCUUGCUGCUCUUGUCCGUGGGAAUUUGCCCGGUCUUCAUCGGAACAUCAUCACAGCUUUGAUCACCAUAGAUGUGCAUGCCAGGGACAUCGUAACAGAGCUUGUCAAAGAGAAAGUGGACUCCAGUGACAAUUUUGAAUGGCAGAGGCAGUUGCGUUAUUACUGGGAUGCAGAUUUGGAUAACUGUGUGGCUCGGAUGGCUUUAUCCCAGUAUAUUUAUGGAUAUGAAUAUCUGGGGGCCUGUCCUCGUCUGGUCAUUACGCCACUGACGGAUCGCUGUUACCUUUGUUUGAUGGGAGCACUGCAACUGGAUCUAGGGGGAGCUCCUGCUGGUCCAGCGGGCACAGGCAAGACUGAAACCACGAAAGACCUGGCCAAAGCUCUAGCCAUCCAGUGUGUGGUUUUUAACUGCUCAGAUGGACUCGACUAUAAGAUGAUGGGGACCUUCUUCAGCGGUUUGGCUCAGUCAGGUGCCUGGUGCUGCUUUGACGAGUUCAAUCGCAUUAACAUCGAGGUGCUGUCCGUCAUUGCUCAACAACUCAUCACCAUCAGAAACGCUAAAGCAGCCAAGUUGCCUCGAUUCAUGUUUGAGGGGAGAGAGAUAAAAUUGGUGAUGACGUGCGCCGCUUUUAUCACCAUGAAUCCCGGAUACGCAGGCAGAACUGAACUCCCAGACAACCUGAAAGCUCUAUUCCGACCCAUAGCAAUGAUGGUCCCCAACUACGCUCUUAUCGCAGAGGUGAUCCUGUACUCAGAGGGCUUUGAGUCCAGUAAGACUUUGGCGAGGAAGAUGACUCAGAUGUACAAGCUGUGCAGCGAACAGCUCUCCCAGCAGGAUCACUAUGACUUUGGCAUGAGAGCUGUCAAAUCCGUGCUGGUCAUGGCAGGUUCAUUAAAAAGAGAAAACCCUAACUUGAGCGAAGAUGUGGUGCUGAUCAGAGCUCUGCGAGACUCAAACCUGCCAAAGUUCCUCAAAGAUGAUGCUGUGCUUUUCAGUGGCAUACUAUCAGAUCUCUUCCCUGGCGUCACCAUUCCAGAGCAUGACUAUGGCGUCCUUCAGUCCACCAUUUACUCUUCCCUGUGCCAGCAGUCCCUCCAGCCCCUCCCAAGCAUCAUCAGCAAGGUCAUUCAACUCUAUGAGACCAUGCUGGUUCGUCAUGGGGUAAUGCUUGUGGGGCCUACGGGGGGUGGCAAGACAGUCGUCUACCGCACACUGGCAGAAGCAUUGGAUACCCUACAUCAAGCCGGAGAGCAAAACCCCUUCUACCGCCCUGUUAAAACCUACGUGCUCAACCCAAAGUCGGUGAGCAUGGGCGAGCUUUACGGGGAGGUGAACCCGCUGACCCUGGAAUGGCGGGAUGGUCUGAUGGCACUGUGCGUUCGUUCGGCGGUUCAGGACUUCAGUGACAACCACAAAUGGGUAAUCAGUGAUGGCCCGGUGGACGCGCUGUGGAUCGAGAACAUGAAUACGGUGCUGGAUGAUAAUAAGAUGCUAUGCUUGGCCAACAGUGAAAGGAUUAAACUCACAUCUUCCAUUCACAUGGUGUUUGAAGUGCAAGACCUGGCUGUGGCAUCUCCUGCCACGGUAAGCCGUUGUGGGAUGGUGUACAUUGACCCAGAGGAGCUGAAGUGGAUGCCUUACGUUCAGACGUGGCUGACGGGACUCGCUGGGAAGAUUACAGAGCCCAUACAUGUAUAUCUUAUGGAGCUGUUUGAACGAUAUGUGGAGAAAGGCUUGCAGUUUGUAUCGAAGCGCUGUGUGCAGGCCAUCGCACAGGUGGACAUCAGUAAAGUCACGACCCUUUGCUGCCUACUGGAAGCCCUACUGUUCAGUGACGGAGCACCUAACCUCAAAAUGGAGUCCAGUAAGUUGAACAGUGUUAUUUGUCAGACAUUUGUGUUCUGCUACCUGUGGGCAGUGGGCGGAAAUUUGAUUGACAGCCACUGGGACACAUUUGACACCUUUAUCAGACAGCAGUUUGAAGACAACAACGAUGCAAAGUUGCCCAGUGGAGGUGAUUUGUGGAGUGUAUAUAUGAACUUUGAUAUUGGUUGCUUGGAGCCAUGGGAGAAGAUUAUUCCCUUCUUUCAAUAUAACAGUGAGAUCCCCUUCUUUGAAAUGUUGGUACCCACCACAGACACUGUGAGAUACGGAUACUUAAUGGAAAAACUGCUGUCUGUCAAUCACUCCGUUCUCUUUACUGGCAUCACUGGAGUGGGGAAGUCUGUUGUGGCACGAGCAUUGUUGAACAGUGUGCAGGAAAAGGCAGGUUAUGUGCCCGUCUACAUCAACUUCUCAGCCCAAACCUCAUCAGCCAGAACCCAGGAGAUCAUUGAAUCAAAAUUGGAGAAGAAAAGAAAAAAUGUACUGGGUGCUCCUGCUAAUAAAAAGAUUUUGGUGUUUGUGGAUGAUCUGAACAUGCCAAAGCUGGACAGUUAUGGCUCUCAGCCACCCAUAGAGCUCCUGAGACAGUUCCAGGACUUUCGUGGCUUUUACGACAGAGAAAAGUUUUUCUGGAAGGAGAUACAUGACAUGACCAUAGCUGCAGCCUGUGCACCCCCUGGUGGAGGUCGUAACCCAGUAACUCCUCGUUUCAUUCGCCAUUUUAGCAUGCUUUGUCUUCCGACACCCUCUGAGCACAGCCUCAAACAGAUCUUUAAGGCUAUUUUGGGUGGUUUUCUCACUGAAUUUCCAACAGCAGUAAAACAAGCAGCUGACAGCAUCGUGGAUGCUGCUCUUGAGAUCUACCGGCGUAUGAGUGUAGAUCUGCUGCCAUCACCCGCCAAAUCUCACUAUGUUUUCAAUCUUAGAGACCUCUCCAAAUGCGUGCAGGGUAUGUUGCAGUGUGAGCCGACUACGGUGAGAGAUCAGACGCAGAUUUUCCGUUUGUUCUGUCACGAAUGUCAGCGUGUCUUUCAUGAUCGACUCAUCAACAACGAGGACAAGACUUAUUUUAACACUAUCGUCUCUGAGAUGGCCAGUAAAUAUUUCAACAUAAACAUAGAGCCUAUGUAUUUUGUCAACCAGCCUAUCAUUUUUGGAGAUUUCAUCAAGGUUGGUGCAGACAAGGCUGACCGAGUCUAUGAGGAUCUAACAGACAUGGAGAAAAUCCGACAGGUAAUGCAAGAUUACUUGGAUGACUAUAACACCACCUUCUCCAAGGAAACCAAGCUUGUGUUCUUCCAGGAUGCCAUUGAACACGUGUCAAGAAUUGCCCGUAUGAUUCGACAAGAACGUGGCAAUGCCCUCUUGGUUGGUGUCGGCGGAACGGGCAAACAAUCUCUGACACGUCUGGCUGCUCACAUGUGCGGCUACCGCUGCUUUCAGAUCGAGCUGAGCCGCGGUUAUAAUUAUGACAGCUUCCACGAAGACCUGCGCAAACUGUACAGAAUGGCAGGAGUAGAAGGCCAGGACAUGGUCUUCCUUUUUACAGAUACUCAGAUUGUGGUGGAGGAGUUCCUGGAGGACAUUAAUAACAUGUUAAACUCUGGUGAAGUACCAAACCUGUUUGAGAAGGAUGAACUGAAACAGGUGCUGGCUGCCGUAACCCCUAAGGCUAAAGAGGCUGGCAUCUCAGAAGGAAACAGGGAUGAGGUCUUCCAGUUCUUCAUUUCACGCGUGCGUGAGAAGCUGCACAUAGUGCUGUGCAUGAGUCCUGUGGGUGACGCCUUCCGUUCGCGUUGCCGCAUGUUUCCCUCGCUGGUUAACUGUUGUACCAUCGACUGGUUUAUACAGUGGCCUCGUGAAGCUCUGCUCUCGGUGUCCCAGACAUUCUUCCAGAAUGUUGAGUUUGGCAACGAGCAGAUGAAGCAGUGUUUUUCAGAGAUGUGCGUUGAGAUCCAUGUCAGCGUCACUGACAUGGCUGAGCAAUUUUACUCUGAACUGCGCAGAUACUACUAUACCACGCCCACCUCAUACUUAGAGCUCAUUAACCUGUACCUGAGCAUGCUGGGAGAAAAGAGACAACAGCUUCAGGCGGCUCGGGAUCGUGUGAAAAAUGGUCUCACUAAACUACUGGAGACAAAUGAGUUGGUUGAUAAGAUGAAGCAAGACCUCUCUGCUCUGGAGCCUGUGCUCAAACAAAAAUCGAUCGAUGUCGAUGAGCUCAUGAAGAAACUUGCUGUGGACCAAGCAAGUGCUGACCAGGUACGCGCGGUUGUAAAGGAGGACGAAGCUUUAGCCAAGGUGAAGGCCGAAGAGACUCAGGCCAUUGCGGAUGAUGCUCAGCGAGAUUUGGACGAGGCUCUGCCCGCUCUUGAGAGCGCUAAUAAGGCCCUUAAUGCUUUGGAUAAAGCCGACAUCUCUGAGAUCCGUGUUUUCACCAAACCACCAGACCUUGUCAUGACCGUGAUGGAGGCAGUGUGCAUCCUGCUCAGUAGCAAGACAGACUGGGCCAGUGCAAAGCAGGUCUUGAGUGAUGGCAACUUCCUAAAAAAACUAAUGGACUAUGACAAGGACAAUAUCAAACCACAGAUUCUUCAAAAGCUGCAGAGAUACAUCACUAAUCCAGACUUUGUGCCUGAAAAAGUGGAAAAAGUGUCUAAGGCCUGCAAAUCCAUGUGUAUGUGGGUGAGGGCUAUGGAUUUAUAUUCCAGAGUUUUGAAAGAGGUCGGGCCCAAGCGCCAGAAGCUGGCUGCCGCUCAGGCCGAGUUGGACGCAACAAUGUCCACCCUUAAAGAAAAGCAAAAGACACUGAAAGAGGUGGAGGACCAAAUCAAAGUUUUGAAAGAGCAGUUUGACUCCAGCGUGGCUGAGAAAGAGGGGCUAGCUAAAACCAUGGCUCUGACCGAAGCACGUCUGGGUCGGUCAGGCAAGUUAACAUCUGCUCUGGAAGAUGAGCAGGUUCGCUGGCAGGAAAGCAUUGCUAUGUUUGAACAGGAGAUCCACAAUGUCAUUGGAAAUGUUUUCAUCGCUGCAGCUUGCGUUGCUUACUAUGGAGCCUUCACUUCUCGUUACAGACAACUGCUGAUAGACCACUGGAUCACACGUUGUCGACAGUUGGGGAUCCCGAUCAGUGACAACUUCAAUCUGAUCAGCAUUCUUGGAGACCCCUAUGAGAUCCGGCAGUGGAAUGAGGAAGGGUUGCCGCGGGAUACCGUCUCCACAGAGAACGGAAUCCUUGUGAUGCGUGGACGCCGCUGGCCGCUCAUGAUUGAUCCUCAAGAUCAGGCAAACCGUUGGAUACGGUCUAAAGAGACAAAGAAUGAUCUAAAAGUGAUCAAGCUGACAGAUGCCGACUUCCUCCGAACACUUGAGAAUGCCAUCCGACUGGGCAUGCCUGUACUGCUGGAAGAGCUAAAAGAGACUCUGGACCCUGCACUGGAACCCAUUCUUCUGAAGCAGACGUUUGUGUCAGGUGGCAGAACAUUGAUUCGACUGGGAGAUUCGGAUAUCGACUAUGAUAAAAACUUCAGAUUCUACAUGACCACCAAAAUGGCCAACCCCCACUACCUCCCUGAGGUGUGCAUCAAAGUGACUAUCAUCAACUUUACUGUUACAAAGUCAGGACUGGAAGAUCAAAUCCUCAGUGAUGUAGUCCGUCUGGAGCGUCCUGACCUGGAAGAGCAGAGGAACCAGCUGAUAGUUCGCAUAAAUAAAGACCGGAACCAGCUGAAUGCCAUUGAGGACCGUAUCCUCAAACUGCUCUUCACCUCUGAGGGGAACAUCCUUGACAACGAGGAGCUUGUACAAACUUUACAAGAGUCAAAGGUGACAUCUCAGGCCAUUAAAUCUCGGCUGAUGGAGGCGGAGACGACGGAGGAGAUGAUCAACACAGCCAGAGAGAAGUAUCGCCCUGUUGCCACGCGUGGCUCCAUCAUGUACUUUGUCAUUGCCAGCCUGUCUGAGAUUGACCCCAUGUACCAGUUCUCCCUAAAGUACUUUAAACAGUUGUUCAACAACACUAUAGAGGCAGCAGAGAAGCACAAAGAUCUGAGCGUGCGACUACAGACUCUACUGGAUCAGACUCUGCUGAGCGCCUAUACAAAUGUGUCUCGUGGUCUCUUUGAGAAGCACAAGGCCAUCUACAGCUUCAUGCUGUGUGUGGAGAUCAUGAUGCAGAAGGGCGAGAUCUCACAACAGGAGUGGCAAUACUUCCUGCGAGGGGCUGGAGGCAUGGAGAAGGAAUUGCCAGAGAAACCAGAGGUGCCAUGGUUGUCUGAUUUCACCUGGGAGACGUGUUGUAAUCUAGAAGACCAACUGCUGUGCUUUAAGGGAAUCAAGAAAGAGAUAAUAGCCACACCCAUUUCUGUCAGCCUGGGGAAACUAGAGGUAACAGUUAAUCCAGAGCUGUGGGAGGAUGUCAAUACCCUUACUACUUACUCAGAGGACACAUCCUCUAAAAAACAAUCACAAGUCAAAGGUCACUGGAACCAACAGCUUAGUGGCUUUCAGAAACUCAUCCUCAUCAAAAGUUUUAUGGAGGAGAAGGUUGUAUUUGCUGUGACUGAGUUUGUGAUCAAUGGUUUGGGACAACAGUUUGUGGAAAAUCCUCCAGUGGAUCUGGCAACCCUGUACGCAGACAUGUCUCCUUCCACUGCACUGGUGUUCAUCCUCAGCACAGGCUCGGAUCCAAUGGGAGCAUUUCAGCGGUUCGCUAAUGAGAGAGGAUACCAGGAUCGGGUGAAGUCCAUCUCGCUAGGUCAGGGUCAGGGGCCUAUAGCAGAAAGAAUGAUUUUGGAUGCUGUGAAAAAUGGCAGCUGGGUCUUCCUGCAGAACUGUCACCUUGCUGUGUCUUGGAUGUUGGCAAUGGAGGAGCUCAUAAAAACCUUUAAUGAACCUGCCACUGUUAUCCAUAAAGACUUCAGACUGUUUCUUAGCUCAAUGCCUACGAACGUGUUUCCUGUCACCGUAUUACAAAACUCUGUCAAGGUUACUAAUGAGCCUCCGAAGGGUCUCCGGGCCAAUGUGAGACGGGCCUUCACCGAAAUCAGCAGCUCAUUCUUUGAGGAACAUAUGCUUGGCAGCAAAUGGAGGAAGAUCAUCUUUGGAGUGUGUUUCUUCCAUGCCAUCAUUCAGGAGAGAAAGAAAUUUGGUCCUCUGGGCUGGAAUAUCCGUUAUGAAUUCAAUGACAGCGACAGAGAGUGUGCACUUCUCAACCUUAACCUCUACUGCCAGUCGGGACAUAUACCAUGGGAUGCUCUCAUAUACAUCACAGGUGAAAUUACAUAUGGAGGCAGAGUGACAGAUGCCUGGGAUCAGAGAUGCUUGCGUACCAUCCUAAAGGGUUUUUUCUCUCCAGCCACAUUAGAGGAGGACUAUAUCUACUCUAAAUCAGGGAUUUAUUUUGCUCCGGAUUCAGACAGCCUGACAGAGUAUAAGCAAUAUAUUGAGAAUCUCCCUCUGAUUGAUGAUCCAGAGAUUUUUGGCAUGCAUGAAAACGCCAACCUGGCCUUUCAGCGUCAGGAGACAGUGACGCUGAUCAGCACCAUUCUGGAGGUCCAGCCCCGUUCCUCAUCAGCAGGUGGAGGAAAGAGUAAUGAUGAGGUGGUCCACGAACUAGCUGAAUCUAUCUUGGCAAGGAUCCCUGAGAAGCUGGAUAUGGAUUCAGCAGUGGAGAGCCUUUUCUUGCAAGACCAAUACGGCAGAGUGAACUCCCUAACCACCGUGCUCGGACAAGAAGUGGAUCGCUUUAACUUCCUGUUACAUGUGCUUAGAACGUCACUAAGUACACUUCAAAAGGCAAUAGAAGGUCUAGUAGUGAUGUCAGAAGAAAUGGAAAAAAUCUAUAACAGUUUCCUGAACAACCAAGUUCCCAGUCACUGGUCUAAUGCUGCCUACCCGUCACUCAAACCUCUGGGUAGCUGGGUUAAAGACCUGACGGUGCGCACAGCUUUCAUAGAGAGUUGGAUCACAAGAGGUCAGCCCAAGUCUUUCUGGAUUUCUGGCUUCUUUUUUCCUCAAGGAUUUCUCACAGGGGCUCUUCAGAAUCACGCACGCAAAUACAACCUGCCUAUUGAUGAGCUGAACUUUUGCUUCAACAUGAUACCAGUGUACAGAGACCAGAUCCUUGUAACUGAAGCUCUGAAAACUCUCGACCCAGUGAAGGAACUGGACAUGGACAAUGAGCUUCCCACUGUGGAGGAUGGCAUUUUGGUUCAUGGGAUGUUUAUGGAUGCUUGUCGAUGGGAUGACACUAACAUGGUCAUUGAAGAUCCUUUGCCAAGGGUAAUGAACCCCAUGCUUCCUGUGGUCCAUUUUGAACCUCAGCAAAACUAUGUUCCUGAACCCACCUUAUACCACGCACCACUCUACAAGACCUCUGCUCGUGCUGGAACUCUGUCUACGACUGGACAUUCCACAAAUUUUGUGGUAACAGUAAUGUUGCCAUCUAACCGGCACAGUGACUAUUGGAUCUCCAAAGCUUCUGCGCUACUUUGCCAACUUAAUGAGUGAGCACAGCUGUGUCCUUGCGUUCUCCGAUUAAUGUACUGUAGAUCCUCUCUAAACACAAUGUUCUUUCAGCAUAAUUAACAGAAAGCCUUAAUAAAUUAA